AUUAUCAAACAGAUUUUCGACGCUCUGUACUCCCGAGGGUGCGGAAGCAUACCCAUUCCAGCCGGCUAAGCUGCCUAUUCAAGUAAGACCAAUGCUCGGACUCAAUGCCGCUGAGCAGCUCGGCAGCUCCAGGACUUCAAGUUCUUCGUCAAGAACUUGUUUCCGUUGAUAUUCCGCCUCGAAGAGGGCCAACCUCGCUUUCUUGCAAUUGGUCAUGUAAGCGAUGCUUGCGUGCCGCCCGCUGAGGCGGUUGCACCUCUGUACAGUAUUCCAACAUGAGACCAAAUUCUCCCGCAACACCCUUCUUACUUCCACCUUCAGCACCUUCGCUGGGCGGUCUCACAAGUCGGGCAACCACCUUCCGCCGCGCCCAACCUUACCAGACGCUGAUAUCAAACAUACCUAUGUCAAAGGCACUGGACCCGGCGGUCAGAAGAUCAACAAGACCAACUCGGCCGCCCAGUUGACACACAUUCCAACUGGCAUUGUUGUCAAGUGUCAAGCCACGCGCAGCAGAAGUCAAAAUCACACCAUAGCCAAGAGGAUUCUUGCUGAGAAAGUGGAGAUGUUGGAGAAGGGUGAGGAAAGCCGGGCGGCCAAAGUUGUGGAGAGAAAGCAGCGCAAGAAGAGGAGCGCGGACAAGAAGAAGCGCAGGAAAUACAGGCGGCUGGCAGACGAGAAGCUGGGGCGUCAAGGGGAAGUAUAUGCCGAAGAAGACGAUGAUGCGGAGGAAGACCCGAACGAAGAGCGGGAGGGACGACCGUCGAUUCAAGCAGAGACCAGCCAUAUGCCAAGAGGGUGAGCGAUACAUGGACACCGACUCCUUCGAUCCACGUGCCGUCAACCUAUCUUGGCGGGAUACUCAGCCUCGCGCACAUACACACUCCUCAGCCUUGUGUUCGAAAGCGCACAGAUCUCUUUCCACACGCAAAAAAAGGGUACACACCGCCGACUCAAAAUGCAAAAACUCUAAUUCAAGCCCAACUCCCCGGUGGGAGUUGAGGUUGAAUCGAGGUAAAACUCCCUUGAAGGAGGAGUUUUUUCCGUCGUUUCGUCAGGUUCUCUCCGGCCUCGGACAACCCACGUUUAGGGAGCCGUAUUUGGCGCGGAACCCCCUGUACCUCCUUUUGGGUAGCUACAGGUGUCAGGGCAGUUACUUUCUAGGAUUCGCGUAACUCCCAAGAGAAGCAGUCUCAUGCCUGGUGGCCACACCCUAACGCCUUGACUAGCUCGUCGUCUGGCCAACAUCGGUGUUAGCCAUCAGAGAUCAGGACCCGGGAUAGACAUGGGAAUUGUUGACAGGAAUUGUGGUUAAAAAAUAUGUAUACUUUUAUUUUGGGUUCUGCCAGACCAACCGCUGGUUCGGGACCCACGGUCACGGGUUGAAGAGUGAAUUACCA